UGAAUUUCUUUGAUUUACUAUCAGUGUUCCAUUUCUAUGCUUAUCUUAUACACCUGUAUGGGGAGGGUAUAAAUGGCUCGGGUGAAAAAGGGUCCCGAGUGGAAAGCUGAAGAAGCCCUGUGUCACGCAGUCUCCCUCUUAACACUCGAGCAUUCCCUCUGCGCAUUACUCGAUUUUAUGCAUAUUAUUUGAGAAGGGUUCCACACAAAAAGGGUCUAGUAGCCCGGUUUGUUAGCCGUUCCGCCUCCCCUUCCAAAAAAAAAAAAUCUUCAAAACAACACGCGCAAGCGCUCCCUCGCCAAGUAAGGAGGCGGGCGCAGGCGCAUCGCGUGACACGCACGUCCCCUGUCACUUCCGCCGUCGAUUCCCGGCCCUCAAAUAUGCUUCCGGGUUGAGAAGGUCGCCCGCGGCGGCGCCGGCGUCGCUCUCCGCUGGUGCCCGGUCUAUGGAGCCAGUAGGUGCCGGCGGCGGCAUUGGCAGCGGGAGCGGGAGCCGUGGCGGCGGCGGCGCGGAGGCAGGAGGCGGAGCCCGCGUUGGGGCCUUUGCCCCGGCAGGAUGCUACCUGGUUUGGCCGCCGUCCUUGCUCACAGACGCGGCUGGUCGUCCCUGGCCCGGCUCCCUCUGAGGUGCCGGGCGGCGCCCAGCGGCGCUUGCGGCCCGGCCCAGGGAUGGCAGAGUUUAGUGACACUUGGAAGUUUCUCAAGUAUUUUACCAUGCAGUCAUCUACAGAUUUAUUCACUGAAUCAAAUAAGAACUUCUUCUACAAAUACUCAGAAAGAAGGAAUGGACACGCAAAAUGUUCAGUUACCAACAGCUACAGUAAAACAUAUGUCCACUCCUGAUGAAACAGUACCAGAUACCAGCCUUGGACUCCAAACCCCACUUAUUAAGCAAGAACCUCUCCAAGUAAGAGUUAAAGCAGUUCUUAAGAAGAGGGAAUAUGGACCAAAGUACACCCAGAAUAAUUUCAUCACUGGAGUCAGAGCAAUAAAUGAAUUCUGUCUUAAAUCCAGUGAUCUGGAACAGUUGCGAAAGAUCAGACAAAGAAGUCCCCAUGAAGAUACAGAAUCCUUUACUGUCUACUUGAGAUCAGAUGUAGAGGCCAAGGCUUUGGAGGUUUGGGGAAGUUCUGAGGCUCUUGCUAGAGAGAGAAAACUGCGUAAGGAAGCAGAGAGAGAAUAUAGAGAGAGGUUGUUUAGGAAUCAAAAGAUACUACAAGAGUAUAAAGACUUCCUGGGACAUACAAAGCCACGGUCUGGAACAGCAUCGGUGUUUCUUAAAGGACCAGGAAAGGUGGUGAUGGUUGCUAUUUGUAUAAAUGGCUUGAACUUUAUCUUUAAAUUGCUUGCUUGGAUUUAUACGGGUUCUGCAAGUAUGUUCUCAGAAGCUAUACAUUCAUUAUCUGAUACAUGCAACCAGGCUUUAUUAGCAUUAGGCAUCUCUCAGUCCGUACGAACGCCAGAUCCUAGACAUCCGUAUGGUUUCUCAAAUAUGCGCUAUAUUUCCUCAUUAAUUAGUGGCGUUGGUAUUUUUAUGAUGGGUGCAGGACUUUCUUGGUAUCAUGGAAUCACAGGAUUAAUUCAUCCUCAGCCUAUCGAAUCUCUUCUCUGGGCUUACUGUAUUUUAGCAGGAUCAUUGGUGUCUGAAGGAGCAACUCUUCUUGUCGCUGUAAAUGAACUUCGACGGAGUGCUCAAGCUAAAGGAAUAUCAUUUUACAAAUAUGUGGUACAGAGUCGUGAUCCCAGCACAAAUGUGGUACUAUUGGAAGAUGCUGCAGCAGUCUUAGGAGUGGCAAUCGCAGCUGCUUGUAUGGGCCUGACUUCUUUAACAGGCAAUCCACUCUUUGACAGCCUGGGUUCUUUAGGUGUGGGAACCUUAUUGGGAGCUGUAUCAAUGUUUCUCAUCUACACAAACACAGAAGCACUUUUAGGGCGAUCAAUCCAGCCUGAUCAGGUACAGCGGCUAACUGAACUAUUGGAAAAUGACCCAGCAGUAAGGGCAAUUCAUGAUGUUAAAGCCACAGACCUGGGAAUGGGUAAAGUUAGAUUUAAGGCUGAAGUAGAUUUUGAUGGGAAAGUUGUUACACGGUCUUAUUUGGAAAAACAGGAUUUUGACCAGUUGUUGCAAGAAGUCCAGGAAGUAAAGACUCCUGAAGAAUUAGAAAUCUUUAUGCUUAAGCAUGGUGAAAAUAUUAUUGAUACUCUAGGAGCUGAAGUAGACCGACUUGAAAAGGAGCUGAAGAAACUAAAUCCCGAACUACGACAUGUAGAUUUGGAAAUAUUAUAAAUUAGAUGGAAUCUCCUCAGUGAACACUCUUGGAAACAGUUUUGUCCAGAACUAAGAAAACCACAGUGACAUCAGCACCUUACCUCCUCUGCCAGCUUUCCUUAUGCCGAGGGAGUCAGCACAAUGCCGAAGCCAUUUUGGGGAAAGAAUCUUAAGGGAAAUGUCUUCUAUGAAUGAGCAAUCUAACUGGCCAGAGAACUAAAACUGCUUAUUGUUUCUAUGUGAGAAAUACUACAAGUUAAUUUGAAAAAUCAUGGUUUUUUGUGUUUUAGUAGAUGCAUUUUCAUUUCUUAGUUGCCCAUGUCAGCCUUUCACUUUGUAUAGUAUUUUGCAAUCAUGUUUUUUCCCUUUCUUUAUACUAGUAAACAUAGAUGGAGUCUAUAGGAUUAUUAUUUAUAAUAUUGAGGUUAGUAAAUGCUUUACUCUGUCACAGCCUCCCAGUCCUGACCAUAAUGACAUCUUCUAGGUGAGAAGUGUGUAGUUUUUCCUCUUUGUGAACUGGUACUUUGUGUCUCCCCUUGCUUACAGAGCUUAGAAUCUCAUUUCCACUUGCUUAGUGAUUCUUGACCUGGCUGCUGACAACCAACUUUUUUUUUUUUAAAUAUGGUAAACUGUACAUGCUGGGUUCAGGGGUGAUGUGGUUCCUGGACUGAAUGAAGGCAUUCUUGAUAGAAUAUCCGAGAAAUGGUAGAGCCUCUAUUUUUCUUUGUAGUAUUCUUUUUUUUUUUCCCCUUCAUUUUGAGUAAUAUUUAUUAAUAUAAGGAAUUGUAACACAUUUUGGGGAAUUUCCUAGAAACUAUGGACUUGUGGUGGCUGCUUUUUUUUUUUUUCCUUUUCAAUAAUAACCAUAAUAUGUAUUUACUAGGAGAGAAAGUAUAUAUCGAAGUUUUAAUGUUCUGUAAACUAUAUUAGAAAUAUUUAUAAUUUUACAGACAGGAAGACAUUUUUAAUUUAUUUAAGCAGAGGCACAACUUAUAUAAAUCUGAAUUGUGGAUUUUUUUUUAAUUUCAAAUUGAGCUCCUCACCUGUGAAGUGAAACUUCUUAUCCCGAAAACUGUGUGAGUGACUGUCAUAAUAUUGAUUGCAUAGAUUAAGGUACCUGAAUUGUGGUUUUCUAGUAUUUACCAAAUGGGCAUUCAGCACAGCAAGAUUGGUAAUAACAGAUAGUUUUCUAAUGACUUUGUGUGUUGUUGAGGUAAGGUGAUAUAGUUUACUAGUUGGAAAUUGAAUAAAAACUGAAGCUGUGUAUCUAUCUGUUCUCCAAAACAACCAACUCAAUAUGCACUUUAAAAAUUGUGAGGUAAAAGUGAGUGUUGGCCCAUGGAAAGCUUUGGACAAGAUGAAAUUAUAAUAGUGAUUCCAUUGCUAGGUAAGCUGGUGCUUUGAAAGAGAAGUGUAGCACAAGUUUGAAAUAGUUUCCAAAAAAGUUAUUUGGAUUAAAAUUUGUGAAUUACAGCAGUUCUGGAGACCAAAAUGUUGAUCCAGUGGUUUGCAAUGGUAUUUUUAAUCCUAAAAUGUCAUUUACCAGGAAUUAUAAGAAAAACUGGUAUACAUUUUUGACCGUUACUGAAUAUUGUGUAUGCUAUCUAUUUUAAGUGAUAUGACAUUCCAAAAAGUUUUUUUUUUUCUUAAGGAGCAUGAAAUUGCACAUAAUGUAUAUAAUUUUAUACCAUGUUCAUGUGGUAUCAGAUUCUUUGACCCCAUUUUUGUUUUUUCUGGGUUUUUUUUUUUAAUUCUAAUUUCCUCUAUCCCCUCUUUCUCCCUGCCUCCCACCAGCUAAUUGUUGUCCUGUGUUAAGUGCCAUCUGCAAAGAAGCUGGCUGUAAUCCAACUUCUAUUAUAAUUUAUAAAAUUAAAAGAACUAAACAUUAGAAUUAACCCUUUAAAAAUAAGUAAAAACUCAAGACUGGCAUGUAGAAGUUACUUAGAUGACAUUUUAGAUUCUUUGAAGGUCCUACUACAAAAAAGAUGAGAAGUGGUAUUUUGAUUCUUGAUAACUUUUUGUUUUAAUCUAGUUUUGGUUGAUGUUACACCUCAACAUUUUUGUGUUGGUGAUAAAGUACUCAUCUUUGGAGAACAUUAAUGAUUGAAGGCUGUGUCACCAGUUUUUCUUUGUUUUUUUCCUCCCUUUCAGGUGGUUUUAAAUAAAAUUUUAUAAGAACAAUUUUGAAUAUUUAAGUAUUUAGUAAUUUGAGUAUUAAAAUUUGGUACCAGGAAACUUUAAAAAUCACUUUCUCUAAAUCUUAUUAUCUUCAUUUUAAAUUUUAAACAAAUUAGAAUUAUAUAAUCAGAAAAUUGGAAUUCUUAUAAAUUGAGAGGCAUAUAAGACAAGAGGAUUUUUUUUUUUUAAUCUAAAAAUGCUUCUAAAGUUUUAGGUUCCCAUCAGCUUAAAUGAUAAGAACUUAAUACUACAUGUGAAUAAUUUGAGGAAAUGUCACCUAUAAGAUAAAGUUACAAAAUAUUCAUUAUUGGGAGGAUUAUGAGUAAAAUAGUUUUAAUACCUUCAAUGUUAAUGUACUAGUUAUGAUACAUGAUAUAAUGUGUAUUUAUCAUUUACAUGCAUAUUUUUUAUAAACUUGGUGACAUCAGUAAUCUAAAAUGAGAGGGAUUAUUCAAUUUUGCUUAUAGUUUUGUUUAAUUAUAUAAGCCAAGUCAUUCAAGAGUAUAUGGAUUUUGAGGCAAAUCACAAAAUUUGUUUUUUGAGAUUUAUUUUCAGCAUUAUAAUUCAGAUUUCCCAUCAAAUUGUGCAGACUGUCUUAAAGAAGAAAAGAUGCUCCUUAGAUGUCAGUGAUUAGAGUCAAGUAGAACAGGUCUUGCAUUGUGCAUUGAAGAACAGUAAAUUAGACAUGGGUAGGCAGGGCGUUCUAGCUGCAAAGGGUUCUUUAUUCCUGAGUAGCUUGAGCUGACAUCUGGGAACUAUCAUUAAGAAUGGCAUAGUUUUUCUUAACUCUUACAAGUUCUUAAGAAAUGGCGUGAUCUUUAAUCAUAAUCUUUAAUGUAAGAGUGCACAUUUCCACACUAUGUAAUAACGAACUUAUUUUAAAUGGACUAUUCAGUCUAAUUUUGAUUAUAGCUUUUAAGACAGACAGUAUCAGAAGGCUGUCGCUGUUAAGCACUAGUCUCAAAGACUCUGGAGAGAGAUAUAGUAUCAGAAUCAUUAAAUAUCUGCCGACAUUCAGAUCAGGUUUCCCAAUGUUAUAAAUAAAACUAAACAAAAUGGCCAAUUUGUCCCAAGUGUUAAAUUAAUACUUUCCUAGGGAUUAUGAUCUAUAAUCUUUAUUGAUGUCUUUUCAUCAUUCAGAUAACGAUUUCUACUUCCAUUUUAAAUUUUAUAUAUUUUUCAAGGAAAUUGUUUUGAGGUGUCAAAAGUUGGGUACUACAGAAAACUUACAAAAACAUUUCAAGUGCACAUUUUAGUCCUCAUGCAGACAAUGUGAUGAUUUAGCAUUUUAUUGUGUGACAACUUCCAAUAUGCUAAACCAUCAGAAAGGAGUGACAUAAAGAGUUAAAGAUAAACUGGAUACACUUGAUUCUGAAGGCGUUUUCCAUGGAUUUGUUCAUCCCUAUCCUUUAGAAGCAAAGCUUUGUAAGGCACUUAUAUAAAAGGUUUGUCUAAAAGUCUAUUUUGCAAACAAGUUUACUACCAUAUCUAAAAUCUGGUUUUGUGGAGAAGAGACAAUUCUAAUUUCUCUUGGUUUGUAUUUCAUCUGUUUGAUGUUAUUGGUAAAAAUAAGUUGGCCAUGAUGCUUUUUUUUCUCAAUAAAUGUCAUAUGCAAAUAAGAA